UAUUAUGUCAUUAUAGAAAGACGUCACUUUAUUGCAAUAUCUUGUCAUGGCUGCUGCUCAACCUGGUACAUCAUCUUCAGCCCAGGCAUCAGACAAUCGUAUCUACCUUUUCCGAUUACAAAUACUGAUAAUAGAUGGUGGACUCACAGUUUUAAGAAAUUACGUAGAUCAGAUACUUACCGCUAAAUCCAUGACUCUUAGUGCGUGUCUUGCUAAAGAAAACACAACUAUCACCCGUUUACGAGGACGAGGCACAAUAACAAAGGCACAAUACGCCUUAUUGUUUCCAUCCGGUGGAAAUAUAUCAACUUCCGAUUUGGAUAUCACGCUCAUUAUUUGCCUCCUUAGAAACCUUAAGUGUUUCGGGCUAAAUUCAAAGUUUAACUGGAACACUCAACCAGGACAGAAUGAUCUUUCAAUCGAAGCAGAUAUGUAUAGAUUAAAGAGCUACAGAAACGAAAUGUGUCAUAUAUCGACGACUACCGGAAUACAACAAAAUGGAUUUAAAACAAUGUGGAAAGACAUCAAAAAGAUUCUCCUCAGAGUUAACUCGUCCUCAGGUAAACCAUUAACAGACCUAAAGCAGAAGAUAACUGACUAUAAAUCCAGUCCUCUUGAUGCAGAAGCAGAAGAGAGAAUGAAAAAUGAAAUUAAAAAAUGGACACAUUACGAAAAGGCAGUAGAAGUUAAGUUAGAACUUGUUACGAAAGAAGUUAAAGAAGUAAAGGACAUUUUGGGGACGCAAACAAAGCGACAAGCGCAAACCCAUAAACGAACUUUGAAAAAUGCUAAAGAUGUAAAGAUUACUAAAAGUAAAAUAGCAAAACUGGAAAAACAAAUGCCAGCUGGAAACAAGAUUACAAGGUUGAAUGAAUAUUUGGUUGUUAAUGAUCCGGCGGUAAAUGAAGAACGAUAUCAGCAGCUCAAAACGGGUAACAUUUUUUUUCAUUUAACCAAUAUAAAUACAAAUUUGUGUCCGCUUCAUUCAUAGAUAGAAAAUUCUUUUAUAAAAGGGUCAUACUUUAAACAUGACCAAAAUAGCACAACAAGUCCGUAUCAAUUCAAAAAAUAAAUCGCUA